CUUGUCAAAAACCAAAAAGGAAAAUUCCACUCCCUUUUGUCCGUUACAAUUUUCUUCACCUUCUCUCUCUCUUCUCUCUUGCUCAGCUCUCAAGUUUCAGGCUCCCACAGCACAGAUGUCUUCCUCAAACUAACAAAAGCAUUUCCCAGUUGCCACCUCCUCCUUCCUUCCCUCGGAGUCUACGCCACACACUCUCUCUCUCUAGUCUCCCAUACACAGAGAGAGAGAAUCAGAACACAGAAAUAGAGAAUCGAAAGAGAGAAUCAGAAUUAGCUAGGGCUUUGGAGAAUGGGGACCGGAACGAGACAGCUCAAGGCUAUGCUUCGCAAGAAUUGGCUUCUCAAAAUUCGUCACCCUUUCGUCACCUGCGCUGAGAUAUUACUCCCCACUGUAGUAAUGUUGAUGCUCAUAGCUGUAAGGACACAUGUUGAUACGCAGAUUCACCCUUCACAGCCGGAAAUAAGGGAACAAAAGAAAUUGAAACCUCACAAUACUAUGGGCAUUUUUUUUUUUUUUUGGUUUUCAAUGGAAUGCUGCUUUCAAGUGAGAAGUACUAUUUGUUCUAAUCGAUCCAGAUAUAUCCGGAAAGGGAUGUUGGUGGAAGUGGGCAAAGGAAUAUCCCCUAAUUUUGAGCAAGUGUUGGAAUUACUAUUGAAGAAGGAAGAGAUUUUGGCUUUUGCACCAGACACAGAAGAGACAAGGUCAAUGAUCAACGUGAUGUCGAUGAAAUUUCCUCUCUUGAAGCGUGUUUCUAGAGUUUACAAAGAUGAGCAGGAGCUGGAAACCUAUAUACGCUCAAAUCUCUAUGGUACCUGCAAUCAAAUCAUGAAUUGCUCGAACCCAAAAAUCAAAGGAGCGGUAGUAUUUCACGAUCAAGGUCCUCAACUUUUUGAUUAUAGCAUACGUCUUAAUCACACAUGGGCUUUCUCGGGAUUUCCUGAUGUUAAAUCGAUCAUGGACACAAAUGGUCCUUACUUAAAUGACUUGGAACUGGGCGUGAGUACUGUACCGACAAUGCAAUACAGCUGCAGUGGAUUUUUAACUCUCCAGCAAGCACUAGACUCUUUUAUAAUUUUUGCGGCCCAGCAAUCGGAUACCAGAAAUAUAGAACUUCCUACUUCGCUGUCCUCUAGCACACCUUCCUCUCUCAAAGUUCCAUGGACGCGAUAUGGUCCGUCAAACAUCCGUAUAGUCCCGUUUCCAACUCGUGAAUACACUGAUGAUGAGUUCCAGUCCAUCAUAAAAAGUGUCAUGGGUGUACUGUAUCUUUUGGGAUUUCUCUAUCCAAUUUCGCGCUUGAUCAGCUAUUCUGUGUUUGAGAAGGAACAAAAGAUAAGAGAAGGUCUUUAUAUGAUGGGGCUGAAAGAUGGGGUAUUCCAUCUAUCGUGGUUCAUUGCAUAUGCUUUGCAGUUCGCAGUUUCUUCUCUUAUUAUUACAGUUUGCACGAUGGAUAACCUUUUCAAGUAUAGUGACAAGUCAGUGGUGUUCAUUUACUUCUUCUUUUUCGGAAUAAGCGCGAUUAUGCUGUCAUUUUUAAUCUCUACAUUCUUCGAACGAGCGAAGACAGCGGUUGCGGUUGGGACCCUUGCUUUCUUGGGUGCUUUUUUCCCAUACUACUCUGUCAAUGACGAGUCUGUUCCUAUGAUUCUAAAGGUCAUUGCCUCUCUGCUUUCACCUACGGCUUUUGCUCUGGGGUCAAUCAACUUUGCUGAUUAUGAGCGUGCUCAUGUUGGCCUUCGUUGGAGCAAUAUAUGGCGGGCAUCAUCCGGAGUGAAUUUUUCAGUCUGUCUCCUGAUGAUGUUGCUCGAUGCGUUGCUGUACUGUGUAAUUGGUCUUUACCUAGAUAAGGUACUUCCGAGAGAGAAUGGAGUUAGGUAUCCCUGGAACUUCAUUUUUCAGAAGUGUUUUUGGAAGAAUCCAAAUAUUAACAAACACCACAACUCCAGUCCAGAAGUUCAUAUUCGUGACAAGGAAUCCCAGAAGGCAAUGUUUUCUCGGAAAGAAAAUGCUAAAGCUGCUGUGGAAGCAAUAACCUUCGAUAUGAGACAACAAGAGCUUGACCAUAGAUGCAUCCAAAUAAGGAAUCUGCAUAAGGUUUAUGCUAGUAAAAAGGGGAAAUGUUGUGCUGUCAACUCAUUACAGCUCACCAUGUAUGAAAAUCAGAUUCUUGCUCUUCUAGGACAUAAUGGAGCCGGUAAAAGCACAACGAUAUCAAUGCUUGUUGGCCUUCUUCGUCCUACUUCAGGGGAUGCUAUGGUGUUUGGAAAAAAUAUUAUGACAGACAUGGAGGAGAUACGGAAAGAGUUGGGUGUAUGCCCUCAGCAUGAUAUCCUUUUUCCAGAAUUGACGGUGAAGGAGCACUUGGAAAUAUUUGCUAUAUUGAAAGGUGUGCAGGAAGAUUUUCUGAACAGCGUUGUUAUUGAUAUGGUUGACCAAGUAGGGUUGGCCGAUAAAAUCAACACUGCUGUUAUGGCUCUUUCUGGAGGAAUGAAGAGGAAGUUGUCUCUUGGAAUUGCACUAAUUGGAAAUAGUAAGGUUAUAAUUCUUGAUGAACCUACUAGUGGAAUGGAUCCAUACUCUAUGCGCUUGACUUGGCAAUUAAUAAAAAAGAUUAGAAAGGGCAGGAUAGUAUUACUGACAACACACUCAAUGGAUGAAGCUGAGGCACUUGGAGAUCGCAUAGCCAUCAUGGCCAAUGGUUCUUUGAAAUGCUGCGGAAGUUCCCUUUUCUUGAAGCAUCAGUAUGGGGUUGGUUAUACUCUAACUCUAGUGAAGUCUGCACCCACUGCCUCUAUGGCUGCUGAUAUUGUUUACCGCCAUAUCCCAUCAGCAACGUGUGUGAGUGAGGUUGGAACUGAGAUUUCCUUUAAGCUUCCAUUGGCAUCCUCUACAUCCUUCGAAAGUAUGUUUAGAGAAAUUGAGAGUUGCAUGGGAUCAUCCACAUCAAACUUAGAAACAAGUUGUGAUGAGAAGGACUAUAUUGGCAUUGAAAGUUAUGGCAUAUCUGUCACAACUUUGGAGGAGGUGUUCCUGAGGGUUGCAGGAUGCGAUUAUGACGAAGCUGCUUGUUUUGACCAGAAGAAUGGUCCACUGUGCCCUGAGUCUCUGAUUUCUCAAACUUCUCAUGAUCCUACCCACAAACAGAUUCUUCACUCGAAGAAAUCUUUUGCUUAUUAUAAAGAGAUUCUUGGGGUCUUAUUUACAAUGGUGGGAAGAGCCUGUGGUUUAAUUUUUGCUACAGUGUUAAGUUUCUUAAACUUCUUAGGUGUGCAAUGCUGUGGCUGUUGUAUCAUUUCAAGGUCAACAUUUUGGAGGCAUUCUAAAGCAUUAUUCAAAAAGAGGGCAAUAUCUGCCCGCAGAGACCGUAAAACAAUUGUUUUCCAGCUUGUAAUUCCUGCAGUUUUCUUAUUUUUUGGCCUUUUAUUUCUCAAGCUCAAGCCACAUCCUGAUCAGGAGUCUGUUACCUUCACAACUUCACAUUUUAAUCCACUAUUACGUGGUGGUGGUGGUGGUGGUCCAAUUCCUUUUGAUCUAUCCCGGCCUAUUGCACAGGAGGUUGCAGAAUACAUAGAAGGGGGUUGGAUACAAACCUUCAAACCUAGUGGGUAUAAAUUCCCCAACUCAGAGAAGGCAUUGAAUGAUGCAAUUGAGGUAGCAGGGGAAACUCUGGGACCUGCUUUACUUUCAAUGAGUGAAUUUUUGAUGUCCAGCUUUAAUGAAUCUUACCAGUCAAGGUAUGGCGCAGUUGUGAUGGAUGAUCAGAGUGAUGAUGGGAGUUUAGGGUACACUGUGCUACACAACAGUUCCUGUCAGCAUGCUGCCCCAACCUUUAUCAAUUUAGUAAAUGCUGCAAUUCUUCGGCUUGCUUCUCGUAAUAAGAAUGUGACAAUUCAAACACGCAAUCACCCUUUGCCAAUGACAAAAAGUCAACAUCUGCAACGGCAUGAUUUGGAUGCUUUCUCUGCUGCAGUUAUUGUUAGUAUCGCCUUCUCCUUCAUUCCUGCGUCAUUUGCUGUUCCUAUAGUGAAGGAACGUGAAGUAAAAGCUAAACACCAACAACUUAUUAGUGGAGUUUCCGUACUGUCAUAUUGGACUUCUACAUACAUAUGGGACUUCAUCAGCUUCCUCUUUCCUUCAUCUUUUGCCAUAGUUCUUUUUUACAUAUUUGGUCUGGACCAGUUUAUUGGAAGGGGAUGUUUACUGUCGACUGUCGUCAUGUUUUUAGCAUACGGAUUAGCAAUUGCAUCAUCAACAUACUGCCUUACGUUUUUCUUUUCUGAUCACACUAUGGCUCAGAAUGUGGUUCUCUUGGUCCACUUUUUCACGGGACUCAUUCUUAUGGUUAUCUCAUUCAUUAUGGGGCUUAUAAAGACGACGACAAGUGCAAAUUCUUUUCUUAAGAACUUUUUCAGAUUAUCUCCAGGAUUUUGCUUUGCUGACGGACUCGCUUCACUGGCUCUUCUACGUCAAGAUAUGAAAAAUAAAAGCAAUAAGGCCUUUGAUUGGAAUGUUACUGGUGGCUCAAUCUGCUACCUUUGUAUUGAGAGCAUUUGUUACUUCCUUUUGGCACUUGGUCUUGAAAUCUUGCCCUUCAAUAAAUUGACACUAGCCACACUCAAGGAGUGGUGGAAGAGUAUUAAAAGUAUCCCACCUAGCACUUCAAGUUAUCGAGAGCCCCUUCUGACUUCUUCCGCAGAAUCUGUCACUCUGGACCUUGAUGAGGACACAGAUGUGAAGGCAGAAAGAACUAGGGUACUUUCAGGUUCCAUUGACAAUGCCAUCAUCUACUUGCGUAAUCUUCGUAAGGUGUAUCCAGGAGGACAGCAGCAUGCUACAAAGGUUGCGGUACAUUCAUUGACUUUUUCAGUUCAAGAAGGGGAAUGUUUCGGUUUUUUAGGAACAAAUGGAGCUGGGAAGACCACAACUCUGUCUAUGUUGACUGGUGAGGAAUCUCCUACGGAUGGGACUGCUUGUAUAUUUGGCAAGGAUAUUUCCUCCAAUCCCAAGGCUGCUCGUCAACAUAUUGGGUUUUGCCCACAGUUUGAUGCUCUGUUAGAAUAUUUAACUGUUCAAGAGCAUCUUGAGCUUUAUGCCACGAUAAAAGGAGUACCAGAUAAUAAGAUAGCUGAGGUUGUAAUGGAAAAGUUGGUGGAGUUUGACUUGUUAAAGCAUGCCGGCAAACCAUCAUUUUCCCUCAGUGGGGGAAACAAGCGAAAAUUAUCUGUUGCAAUUGCUAUGAUUGGAGAUCCUCCUAUAGUUAUUCUUGAUGAACCAUCAACAGGUAUGGAUCCAAUUGCCAAAAGAUUCAUGUGGGAAGUGAUAUCUCGUUUAUCGACCAGACGAGGAAAGACAGCAGUGAUACUGACUACCCAUAGUAUGAAUGAAGCUCAAGCUCUGUGCACCCGUAUCGGAAUCAUGGUUGGAGGCCAAUUACGGUGCAUUGGAAGUCCCCAGCAUUUAAAAACUCGAUUUGGAAAUCAUCUUGAGCUAGAGGUUAAACCUAUUGAAGUCAGCUCUGUGGACUUGGACAAGCUUUGCCGAGUUAUCCAAGAAAGCCUCUCAUAUGUUCCUUCUCAUCCAAUGAGCUUACUUGAUGGCCUUGAAGUCUGCAUUGGUGCCACUGACUCCAUUGUGGCAGAAAAUGCAUCGGUGGCAGAGAUUAGUUUAUCACGAGAAAUGAUAAUUAUGAUUGGACGAUGGCUUGGGAAUGAAGAAAGAAUAAAGCCGCUUAUAUCUUCAACACCACUUUCAGAUGGGGUGCUUGGUGAACAGUUAUUUGAGCAGUUAGAUCGAGAUGGUGGGAUACCGUUGCCAAUAUUUUCUGAAUGGUGGCUGUUCAAUGACAAGUUUUCAGCAAUCGAUUCAUUUGUCCUAUCAUCAUUUCCUGGUGCAAUGUUCCAGGGAAUGAAUGGCUUGAGUGUUAAAUAUCAGUUGCCUUGUGGUCCGCACCUCUCUCUUGCUGAUGUAUUUGGACACCUUGAACGGAAAAGAAACCGCCUUGGCAUCGCAGAGUACAGUAUUAGCCAGUCCACUCUGGAGACCAUAUUCAAUCAUUUUGCAGCCAACUCUUGAGAUCUAUAUCAUCUAUUGGAACAUAUAUUAUUCAGCAUAGUUUAACAGAACUAAUCAAGUUGUUAACAAGUAGAAGCAGCUCUCUUGUUCUUCUUAGAGUUGAGCUCGUCUGAUGAGUUGUGAAUAUUAGAAACAGCAUAUUGUACAUAGUUAACUUUGGUGAAAUGCAAUCUUUGAAAAUUACGGGUC